UAGGGAGAAGCCAGAAGUUUCAGAGUGAAGGCUGCUGUAGGGAAAAGCCAUGCCAAAGGGAGAAGGCCCAGCCCUGGAACCAGAAACAGGCAUGGCAAUGCUACAGGAAGGAGGCAGUGACUACAGGACCAAUCACAGCACCAGAAGAGACCUAAGGAAGAUGAGCCCAGCUGUCACUUUCUGUGCACUCCUGGCUUUCAUUCUUGCUGUACUCAUGGCCUAUCUUCUUGUAGACAACUUCAGAUCCCAACAGGAAAUGUGUGCAAUGGGUCAGUUUCUGAAGGCAAGGGAAUCUGACCGGUUACAUCAACGAGCUUAUAUACCCCCCAGGUCUAAUACAGAUAAGCCGAGAGCACACCUGACAGCUGUUCGACAGAAGUCUAUGACUCCCAUGAAGGACUCAUGGCCAGCUCUCCAGUGGGAACAUAAACUUGGCUCUGCCUUCAUCAAAAACCAAAUGAAUUACACCAACAAGUUCCUCGUGAUCCCAGAGUCAGGAGACUACUUUGUUUAUUCACAAGUCACUUUCCGAGGCAGCACGCCAGAGUGUGGUAAAAUCAACCAAAAGAAUCGGUCCACCAAGCCCAAUUACAUAACCCAGGUCAUCACCAGAGUCACUGACAGAUACCCGGAGCCAACACAGCUUUUAACAGGGACCAAGUCCAUCUGUGAGAUAGGCAGCACCUGGUUUACUCCAAUUUACCUGGGGGCUGUUUUUCCUAUGCAGGAGGGGGAUAAGCUGAUGGUGAAUGUCAGUGACAUCUCUCUUGUGGAUUAUACCAAAGAAGACAAAACAUUCUUUGGGGCUUUCCUGUUAUAAGGAUGAAGGAAGUUAUCACUGUGAAAGGGUAUUCUGUUUUCAUUGAAUAUUUCCAAUUCCUAAUUUUAAUCAUUUGUACGUACUUAAACCCAGAAUAUUUCAUGAAGGGGGAGGGGAGAGAAGCGGAGAGAAAUUCCACUGUCUGUAGUUUAGGUGGGAAGUUCUGAGCUAGGAAAAGCACUUUACAAUAUGCCUAGAAGAUGAGAAUUCUAAGCAAGAUAGCAAGAGAAAGUGGCAUGGAACACAGAACCUCAAAAGUAGAAGAGAUCGUGGGCAUAGAAUGUCUGAGUUAGAAGUUGCCUUAAAACACAAAAUGUCAGGAUUUGAAGAAACCUUAAAACACAGAAUUCUUUAGCCAGAAGGAAACUUAAAAUGCAGAAUGUGCAAUCUAGAAGGAGACUUAGAUAACAAAAUGUUAGAAUACAGAAGAUCAGAUCUAGAAGGGGCCAUUUUAUAAAUUAUCUAAUCUAACCCCUUGAUGUUUUAGGUGGGAAAACUGAGGUCUAAAGAAGGGAAAUGACUCACUCAAAGUCACACAGUCAGCUAGCCCUGACUGAAUAGCCCCUGAGGGGGAAAGUAGGUACUAGGGAAGGAAAUAAGCACUUAGCUCCUCUGUAUUCCCGGCACAAUAUAAAUAUAAUCUCAUUAGAUCCUCACAACAAUCCUAGGGGAAUGUACUAUUAUCAUUAUUAUUCCCAUUUUACAGUUGAGGAAAAAGGCAAACAGAGGUUGGAUCCCUUUAGUCCUAAAUUCUAUGAGCCCCUAAUCUUCAAGAAAAUUGUUUUCCUUGAUGUACUGCUAUAGAUUUCUCAUUAGUAAUUUGAGUUAUUUCUUUCAGCACAACUUUGUGAAUCGCCAUGCAUUUUCUCAAGGUUUGGGUUGGAUGACCUUUAGCAAUCACAAUGUUUUCACAAUUGAACUUUGAGAUCUCCUUGAAAGUGAAAAAGCAAGAUAACAUUCAUCAGGAACUCUGCCGAACAGGGAUUUUUCUCAUGCCAGAUGGGGAAUGUACCCAAAGUUGUGUUUUCUCAUCAUGACAUGUAUGCACAUCAUAAUGAGUGAAUCAAGAGGUGGACAUAUGCAAUAAAAAGCAAGCACCAUGCAAAGAAACCCUUUCUGAGUACAGGAAAGGGCACUUGCUAUGGCAGAAAAUUAAUCUGGCCUUCAAUGCCAAAAAUAUCAGUUCACUAAAUCCAUACCUUCCACCAGUUCUAAGAAUUAAAGAAACGACAGCUAGACCUGUUAUUCAAGAUGGCAACUUCUUACCUCACUCAAAGAUGGUGGGAACAUUAAAAAUCUUCAGAAAGCUCACUGCAGAAACACCAGUGCCCACCUUGUUCCCACUCCAACCAGGUAUACUUAGCCUUUGUUACCUGGAAGUUCAUAGAAAAAAAUGAACUUAGAAAAUGUGUGGCCAAUCACCAAACCUGAAGAAAGUCAAAAUGGAAGCUAGGUCUAAUUUGGGGCUGGGUUUGGGUUGGUUUAUUUCUUUGUUUAAAUCUGUUUGUAUUUAUUUUAUCAUCAUUGUAAGAGGGGACAAAGUGUUGUGGGGGGGAAGGGUUUAUAAUCUUCAACAAGGCUUCAUAUUAUGAUUAGGAACCCCUUGAUAAUGAAAGAAUAUCUCUUGAAGGAAAGAUAAAAGAAUUGAAGAAUUUAGAGCUAGACAGAAUUUUAGAGGUCAUCUUACAGUUAGGAAAACCAAAA